AUGAAUAUGGCGUUCAACAACUUCAAGUUGCACGGAUCAUCCACAAAAGUGGAUGAUUCGCACGAUUCCUUUUCACUUCGGGAAUGGAGGCCCCGGGGGAACGCCUUGAACUCUUACAGCUUUGCAAAAGACCGAGGCGGCGCUUUUGGCUCUAUUCCUUCUAAUUCGCAAGCUUCUCCGCAUCCCCAGGGAAUAACAUGCCAGGUGCGCCUUGGCCACGAUGACUACGACGGAACGAAAUACUUGGAUAACGAGUUCCUCGUUCCCGGACCCUCGACUUCAUACUUAGACACAUUUUCAAGCCAUCCCUCUGCUACAAUCUUCGAAGAUUUAAUUUCCACACUUCCAAACGACUCUUUUACUUCAUACCGGGACAUAUCUCCACGUUACCCCUUCAGUGAUGAUACUUCUGACGGCUCAAGCAUGUCUUUAAACAACUCUUUUGCUUCAUAUCCGGACGAAUUUUCAGACCACACCUCCAACGCGUCGUCCGAGUCAUUCCUUCCAAAUAGCACAUUAGCGCCGGAGCCAUUUGCAUUCCAAGGGUCACGCCCUUUUAUCGAUGCCAACACCGACAUCACCCAAAACCCUGCCAGGCCGGACUUAGUACCACAGUGGUUGCACCAUCAUCUCGUAUUACCCGCUCCUCUAGCCACAGGAGUCUCAACUGACGCGACGGUGCCGCGACCUCAAGUAGGCUCGAAAGCAAUCACUCUUGCUGCUCUCUCAAUCCGUAAAAGAAAACCGAUAUAUUUUUGCCCGAUUACUGGAUGUACGUCAAAGGGGUUCACUACCGGGCAUGGGUUCAAAUAUCAUCAACGAUCUCACCAGAAUGUUAGACCCUUCAUAUGCCCUAGUUGUUCGCGUGGGUUUGGGUCGCGAUCUGACCUGUUGAGGCACCAGAAGCGGUUAAAAGGAGCUUGUGCUGGCGUUGGGGUUUAUCGAAGACCCAACUUGAUUGAUUGA